CGAUCGGAAUCCGAACGAUCACACUUCCGGCCUCAUCAAGAAGGCCAAUAAGGACAUCCUCGAGCACGAUCGCAAGCGUCAGAUCGAACUCAAGCUUGUAGUGCUCGAAGACAAACUCACUGAGCAGGGCUACACUGAUGCUGAGAUCGCCGAGAAACUUCUCGAGGCGAGGAAGGUGUUGGAAGAAGCUGCUGCUGCUUCCGAUGAAAGCAUUGUGCUGUCUGAGAAAAGGAAUGAUACACAGACUCACAAGCUGCUGCCAGAAAGGAGAAGCAGAUGGAGACCUUCAGAGCUGCUCUUGGGAUUGGCCAGGCUGAAUCUAACCAUCAAAUUGAUGAAGGUGAUGGUGAUGCUGCAAUAAUGGGUCGAAAAAGUGAUGAUGGGAAGCCACAUGAGAAGCGUGAACAUGCUUUUUUGGAAAGAGAUGCUAGGUGGAAGAAACGUUCUGAUGAUGAUUCUGAAGCUGGGAGAGAUGAUAAGAAAAAGGCUUCUAAGAAUCUUAAGGGUAAAAGGAAUGAAGAAGCUGAUGAUACAAGGAAACGCAGGAAGGAAGAAAAGAGGAGGAAAGAUGAUGAUUCUGAUUCCUUUUCUUCUGAAAUGGAUGAUAAAAAAGCACAUGAAAGACGAACUCAUAAAAAAGAAUCGAAAAGGUCGAAGGAAUGACAGUGACAGUGAUUCUGGUGUAGAUAUUGACGUGAAGAAGAAGAAAAAAUCUGCAAAGAUACACAAGAGAAGCAGAAGACAUACAGUGAUGAUUCUGAUUCAGAUGGUGACACUCCUGAUUCUGAUUCAUCUGAGUCUGCUAGUGAUGAUGAUGAAGCUGUCAAGAUUUCUUCCAAUGACAAGCAGAAGAGGUCUCAUGGGAGCCGUGAUUCAUGUUCAUGUUUUUCACAAAGAAAAAUGGAGAGAACAUCGGUAGGAAGAUGAAGAGUAGAACCCAACUAAAAAUGGAGAGAAAACCAGGAGGAGAAUAAACGAAAAUGGAGAAA